AUGGCCGCCGGCUCCCCAGACAAGAACCUCACCCACGAAACAGUCUACGACGAAGAAUGGUGGGUCAAAAACACCCGCGAACACCCAGACAGCCCCAUCGUCCUCCCCCUCUCCCCAUCACCACAACUAGCCUCCUCGGGAGACUCAAACAACACCACAUCCUCCACCCACACAAACACCUCCAACAUCUCCAUCCCCGCCACCGCAAUCCACACCCACGACACAACAGCCGCGGCCAUCACAUCCCUCCGGCCCCCAGGCAACCCCCACGCACCACUCUUCCUCGGCGCGCCGCCCGUGAAACCGGCAAAUAAAGGCCAGUGGGCCUACGUGGAAUACGUUCCCGCCUGGACGGAUCCCCUCUGGAAAGACGGCGACUCGCGGGUGCAGGAUGAGAAGAACCCCGCGUACGUACUGCGUAAGCGUGACUGGACGAAGAGGAUUCGCCCCGCGCAGCUGCCGCAGGAUAGAGCGCAGAAUCCGAGCGCGUUUGCGUUGCGGUACGGAGUGUAUCCUGACAGAUUGGACGGGCGAUCGCGGUUGACGCCUACGAGGGGAGCGUUUCGCAAGUUCAAGUAUGAUGGGGUUGAGACCAACGACUACCUCUGGGACAAAAUGCAACCCGCCCUCCUCCUAGCCUCCCGCAUCCUAGACCACCUCGACAAAAACGACCCCUUCUGGCGCCGCCUCCACGACGUCCUCAAUCGCCAAACCAUCGGUGAACCCUGCGACUACCGCACCCCCGAGAUGCGCAGGAAGAACCCGGCCGUGAAAUUCACCCUCCAAGACUACGACGACGGCGAGCAGAACGCAAUUGUAGACGACGAGACUCGCAAGGGCAUGUUUGACGUCCACUUCGAGGUGCUCCAUGUCCUGCAGACGAGGAUGCGGUUCAUGCUGUACAGUGGGAAUAAAGGGGAGGAUAGCGGCACUGCGGGCGUGACGUGUGUGUCUGGGUCGAGUAUCGAUGUGUAUAUUGCCGCGGACGCGUUGUGGCCGUUGGUUGUGCCUGGGUAUAGUGAGGAUGAGAGGUUGUUGCAGGGGUUCUUUUUGGCUUCUACGAUAAUUCAUGAGAUUGCUCAUGCGAUCAACUAUGCGCACCAUCUCGUUCUUUUGCCACCGGCCUGCUUCCAAGUUGAGAACUGGAAAUCCACCCCGGAGAGGACCAAGAAAGCUGCAGAGAUUGGGUCAAAGUUGUUUGCCAAAUUUACGGAAAGCAACUGUGAGCCGUUUUUCGAGGAUGAGCCGCAGGCUGAGCUGGGGUUUUGUACCGAGAACCGGCUCUUCGGCGGCGUUCACUGGAAUAUCACGUCCCUCGAAAUGUCCCAACUCUUCUUUCUGCCUGCCGCCAUGGCAAUGGAGAGGUGGCCACGGCCCAAAGGCGAUUGCGGCCGUCUGUCCGUCGAAAAACUCCAGCAGAGUCCGGACAAACUUGUUCUUGACUACAUACCGAUGCUCCCGGACCAAUACUUCUACCCGACCCGAGUCGCCCACAUUGUCCGCCUCUUUACCGAAGCCUUCUGGGGCGUCGAGGUGAACAAGUACGGCCCCGCGGCGCUGCGCUUCGGCGGCUUGGACCCGGUCAAGCUCCCCAUUAUCUGGCCGCGCAUCCAGCUGAGCGCCGCGCUGAAAGGCGUGCUGGCGCCGAGGGGCGAUCGGGCUUUGGAUCUGUUGCCGAGAACGGACUCGGUCGAGAUGCUUGACGCUGGCCCGAUGCUGCAGCGUUUCUUGCACCAGGCCGCGAUGGAGUUUCUAAGGCCGCAUGUGGCGCGGUACCGGUGGGAAAGAGACCACACACACUUUGUGAAUUCACGAAACUGCAAGAUGAUCGUGCACAUGUCUCACUUGGCUAUCAUCGUGAUCGAGGUCCGUAUAGCGUCUAAUUUGCGACAAUUUAAAGAGGAUGUUGAUAAUAGGACAAGGAGUAUGGCGUGGCUGUACAACUGGAAGAAGGCCAAGAGUCGAGAAUGGGGUGUGAAGCUCGAAGAUAUUUUACAACGAACGCGAGAUGCAUUGGAUGACGAACCAUGCCUUUUGCCAUAUCAAUCGGUUCAUCCGUUCCAAGACGAGGAUCUUUUCUGGCAAAACAUCCCCGAACUAGGGAUGAAAGCGGGCAAGAGGGCAGCAGAAGUGCUCCGGCGAAUAUACGAGAUGAUCAUCUUCGAGAUCGGGUGUUUCCAGCAAUUGUUUAUCGACAUUUACCACCUCGACGAGGCAGAAGUCGAAGCGUUCGAGGCGACGGACGCGCCCAAGGAAUUGGCAUACCGCCUCUCGUCUACAACCAAGCUGAGCAUGACGGCACUGAUACAGGCCACGGGACUCGUGGCAGACUACGGCGGGACGGGGUUUAUACCCGUCGUCAACAUGGCAGUCUUCCAUGACUUUGUGGCGAAAUUCACGAAUGCGAGGGCGCAGCUCGAGGAGAUGAGGCCGUGGGCGGAGAAUCUUUCAGAGAUCAAUCCUGCGAACUUCAACCUCCUACAGCCGUUGAUCCCGAGGCUCAAGAUAUCGCGGCGGCCGGCGACAGCAAGAAUGGUCAAGGUUGUGCAAAAGGAGCUCGGGAUGGUUCCCGUGGAGACUUUGGUGGUCAUUGAGAAGUUUCUGAGCUUUGUGAAGACAACGGUGAAGGCUGCAGGCCAAGUCAAGAUCGAUGUGGCGAGGGAUUGGGAGAUGGAUCUGGAUGAGGUGGUCACCGAGUUCGAAAAGAGGGAUAAGCUUGAUCAACCUGGCUUGGUGGAGGAUGUUACUGACGACGAAGACCCCGAAGACGGCCUUGCCAACAAUGAUCCGCUUACUGAAAUAAUCAGGAAGAGGAAGCCCAAGAAUCCCUGGAAUGGAACGAAUCACCCUCCCAAACGACUCAAAAGACCCAGGAUCACGGCGCCGCAGCUUGUUCCACGGCCCCUGACACAUCCCACGCCAUUUUCAAAAUACUCCCCGCCGAGGCACAGGUUCGGAGAUCCCACCAAGGCCAGCCGCUUCUCCAGACGCAACAAAAUCAACCCCGUCCCGGACCCGAUGUCCAAGAUCCCAAACGUAUUCGCCAACAUCCCAGAUAUAAUUUUCCCCCUAUCACAAUCCCCUUCCGUGUUUGCAGGGUACGGUUCCGGUGGCCAGCAACAGCCGUCACCAAAGCUCCCUACUCACGCUUCCGUGUUCGGCAGACCUGGGGUCCAAAUCGCAGAGGGCCCCGAGCCGAUGGGCAUAUUCCCCCACGCAUAUGCACUAUCGGCAUCCUUCACGGAAGACCUCGAGCAUGAGGCUAGGGCCCGACUUUUGCUCGCGCAGCAGAGUCCCGCGAAUUCCGCGCUCGGGUUUAGGGAGAGGGCCUAUAGGAGGAGGAUCGAGUGCUAG